AUGCAUUCAGCGCCGAUCACUUCAUUCCAGUCUGCCAUUAAAAGGACCAUACUAGACGACGAUUGUAAGUAUCUAGGAUUACCGUUUACGGCCGCCACUUAUGGCGGUGGUACUGGCAAUCAGCUAUUUGAAUUUAUUUCGUUGAUCGGAAUCGCGAGAACACUCAACAGGAUACCAUACGUAAACGCCACUAGUAGCGCUACAAUCGAAAAACUGUAUCAGCUCUCGAAAUCAUUCCCGAAUCUUCCGUAUCAGUUUCGUAUACUCUUUCCUGAGGUAUUUAUCUGA